CUCUAACGUAACACUAUGGCAAAGAAAUUGCUUUGCCUGCGAAAACAGCACAAUAACAAAUAAUCUAUUGGUUAAUAGUUCUACAAUAACAUAUAUUCUGCUUGGCGGAUAUACGUGCAACAAAUACGCAACGCAAGCAAUUGUGAAGCAACCAAGAAACCAGGCCCAGAACCCACAAACAGCCAAACCAGCAAUACACACGAACACACACACAGGCUCACACGAACGAGCGAGGAGCAGCGCCAGAAGAAGCGCCCAUAAGGAGCGUCCAAGGAGGAGACGACAAAACACACACUCGCAUAAAAAGCAACACAAAUGGCCGAUGGAAAUGGGCUGCCAGCAGGUGCAGCUUCCGGUGCAGGGGGCAUCAUUGAGGGCGGACAAACAUUGAACUGUGGCGUGGCCACAGCCAACGUGGGCAAUCCAGGGGGUGUGGGUGUGGCAAGUGGCAGCAACAGCAGUGCCAGCAACAGCAGCUUGAGCAGCAGCAGUGGUGGUGGCAAUGUCGGUGGAGGUGCCAGUGCCGUCAAUCAAGGAUAUCAUCAAUUAAGCGUAACAAUCGAGGAGGCAUCACUGCGCAACAAUGGCUUCCUCAAGCCAAAUCCCUAUGUGGAGCUGCUGAUUGAUAGCAAAAGCAAGCGCAAGACAGACCAAGUAAAGAAUAGCUUUCUGCCCAAAUGGAACGAAGAGUUUACAGUGCUGAUUACGCCCAACUCCACGCUGCACUUUAAGGUGCUGGAUCAUUCGAGUUUCCGCAAGGAUGCCAUGCUAGGGGAGCGCAUCAUCCAUCUGGCCCACAUUCUGCAACACUACAACGGACGCUGUGAGUUCCUGGAGCUGACCAUCGAUCUGUUUGUCACCUCCAAGUCGGACAAUCGUCAGACCAAGAGCGGCGUACUUGUGGCCAUACUAAAUGGACUGAAGCUGGACAUGAGCAAGCUGCAGUUGCAACAGAAUGGCAAUGCCGUCCAGGCGGUGAAUCCAGCCUUAAGCGAUCCAGCCGCCGCUGGCCGUAGUUGCAUGAUCUACGGCGGAGUGAUUGCCAGAAUGCGGCUGCGUUCAAGCAAUAGCAAUAGCAAUCCGGAGCCACUUGCCAAUCGUUCGAUGAGUUCGAAUGGUGUAGAUACCAGAGCGGCCAUACUAGGGCCACCCGUGUGGGAGCAGCAGCAACAGGCGCCACCACAGCAACAGCAACCACAACAACAGAUGCAGCAGCAGCAGCAACAGCAACCCCUGAGGAUGGUCAAUGGAAGCGGCGGAGGAGCAGCGGCUGUGCCGCAAACAGCACCGUAUCCACAACAGCCACCAGCGACGGUUGUGGCACCGCCACGGCCCAUGACGCAGGUGUAUGCCAAUGGCGUGAUGCCAGAGAAUCCACCACCACCAGCUGGUGUCUACAUGCCAGCGGGGCCAGGAGUACCAAUGGAUACACAGCAGCAGCAGGCGGGAAUUGGACUGCCCGUGAGCCAGAGCACAGAUCCCCAACUGCAGCCUCAACCAGCGGAUGAUGAGCCGCUGCCCGCUGGCUGGGAGAUACGCUUGGAUCAGUACGGACGUCGCUACUAUGUGGAUCACAACACGCGUUCCACGUACUGGGAGAAGCCAACGCCGCUGCCGCCUGGCUGGGAGAUACGCAAGGAUGGACGGGGACGGGUCUACUAUGUGGACCACAACACGCGGAAGACCACCUGGCAGCGGCCGAACAGUGAGCGACUGAUGCACUUCCAGCACUGGCAGGGACAGCGCGCACACGUGGUGUCGCAGGGCAAUCAGCGGUAUCUGUACUCACAGCAGCAGCAGCCGACUGCGGUGACCGCUCAGGUGACGCAGGACGAUGAGGAUGCGUUGGGUGUGCUGCCCGAUGGCUGGGAGAAGAAGGUGCAAUCGGACAAUCGUGUGUACUUUGUGAACCACAAGAACCGCACCACCCAGUGGGAGGAUCCACGCACACAAGGUCAGGAGGUGAGCCUUAUCAACGAAGGCCCACUGCCACCAGGCUGGGAGAUACGCUACACGGCGGCUGGCGAGCGCUUCUUUGUGGAUCACAAUACGAGGCGGACCACCUUCGAGGAUCCGCGUCCGGGUGCGCCCAAGGGCGCUAAGGGUGUGUAUGGCGUUCCGCGUGCCUAUGAGCGCAGCUUCCGCUGGAAGUUGUCGCAAUUCCGAUACCUGUGCCAGAGCAAUGCCCUGCCGUCGCAUAUCAAGAUAACGGUGACACGACAGACGCUCUUCGAGGACUCGUACCAUCAGAUUAUGCGUCUGCCCGCCUACGAGCUGCGUCGCCGCCUGUACAUCAUCUUCCGUGGCGAGGAGGGACUCGAUUAUGGUGGCGUGUCCAGGGAGUGGUUCUUCCUGCUGUCGCACGAGGUGCUCAAUCCCAUGUAUUGCCUGUUCGAGUAUGCCAACAAGAACAACUACAGUCUGCAGAUCAAUCCCGCCUCCUACGUGAAUCCCGAUCAUCUGCAGUACUUCAAGUUCAUUGGACGCUUCAUUGCCAUGGCCCUAUACCACGGGCGGUUCAUCUACAGCGGCUUCACGAUGCCCUUCUACAAGCGGAUGCUCAACAAGAAGCUGACCAUCAAGGACAUCGAAACGAUUGAUCCAGAGUUCUACAAUUCACUCAUCUGGGUCAAGGACAACAACAUUGAUGAGUGUGGCCUCGAGCUGUGGUUCAGCGUGGACUUUGAAGUACUCGGCCAGAUAAUCCAUCACGAGCUGAAGGAGAACGGCGAGAAGGAGCGCGUGAACGAGGAGAACAAAGAGGAGUACAUAACGCUUAUGACGGAAUGGCGUAUGACACGUGGCAUUGAGCAGCAGACUAAAACCUUUUUGGAGGGCUUCAAUGAGGUUGUACCUUUGGAGUGGCUAAAGUACUUUGAUGAGCGCGAACUGGAGCUGAUCUUGUGCGGCAUGCAGGAUGUGGACGUCGAGGACUGGCAGCGCAAUACCAUCUACAGGCACUACAAUCGCAAUUCCAAGCAGGUUGUCUGGUUCUGGCAGUUUGUACGUGAAACGGACAAUGAGAAACGCGCCCGUCUGCUGCAGUUUGUGACGGGGACGUGUCGUGUGCCUGUGGGCGGCUUUGCCGAGCUGAUGGGCUCCAAUGGGCCGCAGCGAUUCUGCAUCGAGAAGGUGGGCAAGGAGACGUGGCUGCCGCGCUCGCAUACGUGCUUCAAUCGAUUGGAUUUGCCGCCGUACAAGAGCUAUGACCAGCUGGUGGAGAAGUUGACCUUUGCCAUUGAGGAGACUGAGGGCUUCUGUCAGGAAUGAGUGGCAGUUGAUUUGUGGUCGGUUUGUUGAUUAAUGUUUAAUUCCAAUUGAGCGCCUGUCCCAUUCCCCCUUACACCCAUGCACCCAUAUCCUUGUGAACGAACGUCCAUAAUGUUGCGUUGAUAUAGUUACUGUUAUUAUUAUUACGUUUACGAUUACGUAUGUAUAUGUAUUACACACACAAACACACACACCGCAACGUUUUUUGUAUGUCGUGUCUAUAUAAUUCCUAUAUUCGCCUACCACCUCAAAGAUCUGUAAUCUAUAAUCCUGCAAUCGCAGCCCCGAGAGAGUGUUGAGUGUGUGUUUUGCCAUAAGAUUGCAACAACAAUCCCCCUUCACCCGCUUCUCUUCCCACUUUUGCUUCUAGUUCAAUUCUAGUACAACGAGCCCUGAUCCCUUACUGCUGCCCUGUCCCUGCCCUGACCCAUAAUUAUAUUGUAAAUAGUUUGACAAGAGAAAAGAGUAUGCACACACAGGCAACAAUUGUUAGAGGAUGGGGACAUUUUUUGGGUUUACUAGCCGUCAAGGCAAAACUGUUUUUAACAUGUUCAAUUGUUUAACACACCAAUACUAUAAUAUAAAUAUAUAUAUAUAGAAAUAUAUUUUAAAUAUAAACAAAUAUAUAUCCCACACAAAAUGCAGAAAGAGAAAUAUCGUGAGAUGAUGGAACACCGAA